CUGCUGGGUUAUACGUUCAUCCAUUCAUUUCCCAAUUGGAUUGCUAUCUCCUCCUUUCCGUAAUAUCUCUGGCUAGAUGGCAUGUAAAUAUUCUGGAGAGCCGCUAAGGAUGUCUAAAAGAACGAAAGGAUAGAACUCCCGAACAAUUUGAGCAAAAUGAAAUCGAAUGUCAUACAAAGUAUAUCAAGUGCUGGUUGUCAUACUGAGCCACAGCUGUAGCCAUGGAUGCCAAAGCUAACGACAGCACCUUCCCCAGUUUUGGAGACUUGGAUGAGUUCCUCACCAAGCAUGACUCCAAUUUUGUGUGGCUCCUUGUGGCCACCAUUCUGUCCUGUGGAUGGAUCAUCUACCUGACCUAUUACAACUCCCGCAACAUCGGCCUCAUCUUAACCCUCAUCAUCAACAGACUCUGCAAGAAUGGCUACAUUCACAUCGGCUCCUUCUCUUUCUCGGUGCUGUCGGGGAAGGUCAUGUUCAGGGAUGUGUACUUCAUCAACAAAGACAUGUCCAUCAGAAUACAAGAUGGUUUCUUUAUAUUCCGUUGGUGGAAAAUGUAUAACCCUAAGCAGAAACAGCAUGACCCCAAAGCUGAGACCAGGCUCUACGUGACCGUAAAUGGAUUUGAGUUCCACGUUUACAACCGGACAGACCUCUAUGCACGUCUAGAGGAGACCUUUGGGUUGGACCGCACCCUCAUACCGCCCAAAAAAGACGAGGAAAGGGAAAGAGAGGAACAAGAAAAGAUCCUGGACAGUGUUAACAUCAAAGGAGAGACUCCAGACCCAUCGUCAUCUUGGAGAUCCCUCAUCCCCGUCAUCAAAGUCAACAUCAGCACUGGUCGCUUGGCAUUCGGGAACCACCACCUCCCCCAGACGAUAUGUGUGAACUUUGAGGAUGCCUUUCUGACUUACGCCACCAAGCCCCCGUCCAGCCACCUAGACCAGUACAUGCACAUUGUCAAGGGCUCUCUGGAGAAUGUUCGUGUCAUGCUAGUACCCAGCCCACGCUACCUGGGCAUGCAAAACGAUGAGCCGCCCAGACUGAUGGGAGAAGGGUUUGUGGUCAUGCAGUCCAAUGAUGUGGACAUCUACUAUUACCAGGAUGAACCAGGCCUGGUCCCAGAGGAGCAGGAGAGUGGGGAUCCAGAGCUAUGUGGAGAAGGAACCAAACUGCAGGAUCUGCCUCCCUGCUGGGGUCUGGACAUAGUCUGUGGGAAAGGAACUGACUUCAACUACGGGCCCUGGGCGGACAGGCAGAGGGAUUGCCUGUGGAAGUUCUUCCUACCAGCAGACUACCAGUCCAUGGGUGUUACAGAGGUGGCUCAGCCCGGCAAACCCAGACAGAUUCUGGCCUUUGAACUCCGCAUGAACAUUAUCGCAGACGCCACCAUAGACCUGCUCUUCACCAAAAACAGGGAAACCAAUGCCAUACAUGUGAAUGUCGGAGCAGGCUCUUAUCUGGAAGUGAACAUACCUAUGACUGUGGGGGAGACAGGCUACUCUCCCACCAUCAAAGGCCAGUUGCUCCAUGUAGACACCACCACCAGCAUGCAGUACAGGACUCUGCUGGAGGCUGAGAUGCUGGCUUUCCAUGUGAUUGCCAGCUAUCCCAGUGUGUGGAACAUGCCCCAGUCCUGGAACUGUGAGAUAGAGGUGUACAAGGCCACCUAUCACUUUAUUUAUGCCCAGAAAAACUUCUUCACUGACCUGAUCGGGGACUGGGCCAGUGACGGUGCCCCGGAUAUCUACUCUUUUGUCCCUUACGCCUGGAAGUUCAAGGUUGUCUUCCACCAGUUUGAGAUGCUCUGGGCUGCCAACCAGCACAACUGGAUCGACUGCUCCACUAAGCAACAGGAGAAUGUGUAUCUGGCUGCUUGUGGGGAGACUUUGAACAUCGAUUUCACGUUGCCUUUUAAUGAGUAUGUCCCUACCACCUGCAAUACAAGGUUCUGUCUGAGGGCUGAAGACACAGACUUGCGGCUCUCCCUGCCAGACUGCCACCCCAGCAGGUACCCACUGCUCACCCUGGCCAAGGACUACCAGAAUAGCAAGUUGCCACCUGACAUGUGCAUGCCUGGGGAGAGCCAGGGCCAGAGUCAUGGCGGCCCUCCCAAACUCAACAAGUCCGGCUGGAGGAACAUCACCCACGCAGAAGCUGGCUGGGUGGACUGUUGGACCGUCCCAAACUUCCUGCUCAUCAUUGAUUACACCUGGCACCCCAUCUACCCCCAGAAGGCAGACAAACAGCUCAAGCAGUCCUUGUCGGAGAUGGAGGAUGCCAUGUUGUCGUCCUUGCGCCCCCCUGAGCACUCGUCUGUGCCCCACCCGCCACCACCUCGCAGCUCUGCCCACAACAGCAGGGUGACCACAGAUCCCUCUGAGCUGCCCCCUGACAGGCUCCAUGUGGAGAUAGAGAUGUCCCCCGACUCCCAGAUCAUCCUUUACGGGCCCCUGCUCAAGGCCCUCGUCUCCAUCAAGGAGAACUACUUUGGUGAGGACGACAUGUACACAGACUUUGAGGAGGCGGUGUCCAGCCCUGUGCUGUCCUCCCUGUCCACCUCCUCCACCCUGGGUUGGUCUCCACUGGGCCUGGACGAUGACGGGAGGGAUGGUGCCACCCUCCACCCCCUGGCCCUGCGCCCCUGGGAAAUCACCGUCCUCAUCAACCUCUACAAGGUGCACGGACGCCUGCCCAUGCACUGCGGCAGCGACAGUCCGGAAGCCCCCUCGGGGUUCCUAGAGAAGCUGUGUUUUGAGAUGAAAAAGGGCUACAAAGAGACCAUGCUCCAGCUUGUGCUCUCACCGGCUCACAUAUUCAUCAGUGACAACUACCAGCGGCCCACAUCUGAUGGUGUUCUGAGGGACGGCCACCUGAGUCUGUCUGGUCUGCAGAUGCGUGCCCAUGCCAUGUUCUCAGCCCAGGGCCUGCCUCUUGGCACAGACACCCUGGAGUACGCCUGGCUCAUAGACAUGCAAGCCGGGGCCCUCACUGGGAGAGUCACCAUGCCACAGCUGGCCAGUGUGAUGGAGUGGGGCGAGACAUACAUGUUUCACGUCUUCUCCCGGGAGUUCCAGCUGGAACAGCCCAAGCCCUCUGUCAUCUGCCAGCAUGGGGUGGACCGCCGUGUGUGUGACUCCAAGAUGGCCUGCCUGCCUGGACACUGCCGGACUUCUGAGGAGCUCAAGUACACCAUGACCCGUCUGGCUGUGGAUGGGGCCGACCUCUUCAUAGUGGAGCACAGCUGUGCAGCCAACAUCAAGACUGGCGCCAUCCGACUGGCCAACUGCAACCUGCACAAUCAGGCGGUAGGAGAAGGGAUCAGUGCUGUGGUUCAGGACGUAUAUAUCCACCAGUACAUUGAACAGCAGCAGCAACAGCCCCAGUCAGACGGGGUCCGACCAGGGCCCUCUCCAGGUCAGGGGUUAGGGCCGGUCCAGCCCCCUGUACUGCGGAGAUCCUUCUGGUUGGAGGCUGGCUCGGUCAACUUUGCCCUGAUCACAGCUGACGUGGCACUGGCUGCGGACCACCCGGCCAAGUAUGAGGUGCAGAGGCAGUUCCUGGAACUCCAUGACGCUCACACCAAGAGUCUAUGGUUCCUGUGGCCAGAUGAGACAGGGCGUAACAAGCGAAGCAGGAAUAAGUGUGGCUGCCUGGGGGGCUGUCGUUUCUACGGGGGCACCAACACAGGCCUGGACUUCUUCCAUCUGGAGGAGAAGACCCCCUCGAGCUCUGCCUUCUCCUCCAGCGCUGAGUCAGACAUUUGCUACGGCCAAUCACUGCUGCAGCCUGGAGAGUGGAUCGUCACCAGGGAGACAACCAAACUGUCCGAUGGUAAGGGUUUGGCGGUGAUGAAGGACACCUGUACCCCCAGUCCGGCCCCGGAUCCCGGAAUGCGGGGUCAACGCCUGAGCCUCCAGGUGCCUCCGCGCUCCCACAGUUCGGCCUCCUCCUCCGAGGAAAAUAGUUCCUCCAGCGCUGCAUUGCCCCUACUGGCCGGGGAGAGGGACAGCCCGUCUCCCAGCACUGAGGAACGCAUGUUCCCCAUGAACGGCAAAAGCACUACAGAUACUCUUACAGAUGUCCCUGAGGGCUCCCCAAUCUCUCCCAACAGUGCCCAGGAGCGCUCCUCCCUCCGCUCCCCUCUCCGCUCGCCCCUCAAGCGCCAGUCCUCCAUGCAGUCUGCCCGGCUAGGCAGCACCAAGAGCCUGUCGGCGGCCGUCUUCACCGACAAGCCUCCGCCGCCCCUCGCCGGUGUCCAGUUCAGCAGCGAGGUCUCCCGUAGUGACGAGAAUGCCCUGGACUCUCCGCGCCGGAGCUACAGCUCCUUCCCCUUCACGCCGUCCGCAGACUCCUGCACCUUCCACCAGUACCGCUCAGCAGACUCCAGCAUGUCGGUGGCUGACAGCGAAGCUUACUUUUCAGCAGCAGAGGACUUUGAGCCCAUCAGCAGUGCAGAUGAGGGUCCAGGCACCUACCCUGGGAGGAAGAAGAGGAGGCAGCAGCAGCAGCAGCAGAUGCAGUAUCACCGCAGCUCCAUCUACCACAGCGUGGAGGGCCCUCACUAUGUGUUGAACGGGGAUCUCAUCACAGAGCCCAGGCCUCUACCCAUGCCCCCCAUGCUGCCCCCGCUGCCAGCCCUCCCAAGCCACCAGUCGCAGGCCUCCUUUGUUUCGGCGCUGGGGUUGGAGGAGGAGGGCUCGGUGGAGGUGGAGAAGACCCCCGAGCCAGGCCUGGUGACACGACAGCCCCACGUCAUGGCCUGCUACCAGAGUUACCUGGCACACUACCAGGUGUCUAACUGGUCUCAGAAGCAGCCCACCAAUAAGAGGACCUCCAAGUCCUCACUACACCGCCCCCUGGACCUGGACACGCCCACCAGUGAGGAGAGCUCUGCCUCCUUCGACCAGCUCUCUGUUCCCAGCUUUAAAGUGGUUAAACAAGGCCUCUCUGCCAGCUCUCUACUAGACAGAGGUCUUUCGUUGAUGGGAGACACAAACAACCAACCGUACACUCCUCUGGAUAAGAAGGCGAUGGAGAACACAGACGACACCACCACUGAUGACUGGACCUUGGAGCAGCCCCUCUCCCAGACCAGAACCACCGCCAUCGUGGAAGUGAAAGGGGCAAUCAAUGUGGUGCUCACCCCUCUAGUGGCUGAAGCUCUGGACAGAUACAUUGAGUCUAUGGUCCACUACGUCAGUAUACGUCACCCUGCAGCCAUUCUGGAUGACCUGCAUGGGAUGGUCCUAAACGAAGCCUAUCAGAUCAGCAAGUCCACUGUGACUGAAUCCAGCUCAGCCAAGCAGGAGCACAAGCUGUCCAAGACGGAGGGUACCACAGGCUCCCUCAACAUGCCACAUGGCCAAACGGACCUGAAGGUCAAACCAGACAACGUGAAGAUCAAAGGCCUGCAAGCUAACGUGUCAAUCCCUAAGGUGAACCUGUGUCUGCUCCAGGCCUCUAUAGAAGAGUGUUCUCCCUUCAGCUCCAGUAAGAACCACAUCACACACGUCUCUCUAGUUGCUCUCUGCUUCGACAGGAUCGCCACACAGUUUCGCAUGAACAGGGGCAUAGUGGAGGAGACACCCAAUACUGCAGAGCACGGCCGUCCCUCCGUAAACUUGGAGAAGUACGCCUCGGCCACCAAGAUGCAGCCACAGUCUUCAGGCUCACUGCGCUCCAACGCCGGCAUUGAGAAGGGCAAGGAGAUUGCUGCCAAGCUUAACAUCCACCGCAUCCACUGCCAGCUACGAGGCCUGGAUUCCAAAGACAUAGGGACAUGUGCCAUCACGGCCAUCCCUUUUGAGAAGUCCAAAGUACUGUUCAGUCUGGAGGAAAUAGAUGAGUUUGCCCUUGUGGACGAGACGGAGAACUACGCGGCUGCAGACCUGGUCCGCACCGCUGCCUCCCUGGAGCAGUGGGGCUGGACCAUGUUUGAGUGCGGAAUUGAGAACCUCACCGUCAAAGGUGGACGUCAGUCGGGUGCAGUGCUGUACAGUGCGUUUGGCAUGAUGGGGCAGUCGGGUACUGGCGUGAACACUGGCAUGUCCAAAUCCAAUGGCUCAUCAGGCUCUCAGACGGGCAGCGGCUACAGCACUGAUGUAUCUGAUGACAACCUGCCUAACGACGCCACAAGCCCCAACUCUGAUGCCAACGGAAACUCAGACUCUGACGAUCAGGAUGAAGGGGUGGAGUCUGACGACCUGAAGAAGGACCUCCCCCUCAUGCCCCCGCCCCCUGACUCCAGCAGCAUGAAGCUCACCAUCAAGGAGAUCUGGUUCAGCUUCGCUGCCCCAACCAACGUACGCUCCCCAUCCCAGGCCAUCUCCAGGCAGCUGAAUCUCCUGAGCACAGCAACACCGGCGAUCGGAGCCUGGUUGGUCCCCAUCGACCAGCUCAAGUCUUCUCUGCGUAAGCUGGACAUGGAGGGCACCUUGAGAGUGUGUGCUGUCAUGGGCUGCAUCAUGACUGAAGCCUUGGAGAAAAAGAGUAUCCACAUCCCCUUUCGGAGCAAGUACAACAGGGUGACCAAGCGAGCACGCUACCUCCACGAGAACCCCUCCUGUCUGCUGUGUAACAUCCUGCAUCGCUACCUACAGCAGGCUGACUACUCAGUGAUAGAGGAGGCCACUAUGAAUGACGGUCUGCCUGCCCUGGUGACACUGAAAAAGGGUCUGGUAGCUCUGGCCCGUCAGUGGAUGAAGUUUAUUGUGGUGACCCAAGGCUUCAAGGCCAUCGGCCUGAUGAGGCCCAACCAGCUGCCCAAACCCAAGGAGACUCCCCUGCAGCAGACCUACCAGGGCCUGGACAACGGAGCUGCGCUGCAGAGUGACACCAGCGCCGACGGGGCCGAGUUCGAGUUCGACGCAGCCACAGUGAGUGAACACACCAUGCUGCUGGAGGGUGCAUGCAGCCGCCCCCCGCCAACAGGAGACAAAUCUGGACCAGUCAGCGGGGUGGAGAUCAUGAGGAAACUGUCCAAGUCCCACACACACAGUGAAUCUGCCCUCAAAAUAAAGGGCUCCCACCCAUACCAGUCCCUGAGCUACACCAGCGGGGACACGGCGGCUGACUCUCCUGCCCAUGUGAGUCGCGUGGGCAUGCCUGCCAAGGACAGUCCCCGUAAGGAGAGUCUGUUGAGCUACCUGACUGGCAGCUUCCCCAGCCUGCACAACCUGCUGGAGGGUACACCCCAGAGGAACGAUCCCACCACCAAGAGCACAGGUAACAGUGUGGGCCCAGAUGUAUUGACGGAACACCCCCUGCUGUCAGAGCCCUCUUCUGUCAGCUUCUACAACUGGAUGUCCAACGCUGUGGGCAACCGGGGCGGAGGGAACGCUGUACCCCAGGAGUCCCCCAUCAACCGCUCCCAGCACAACAGCCUGCAGACAGGCGUCACCUGUAACCUCCCCACCAUCCCAUCAGCAUCAGACUUCAACACGGUUCUGUCCAGCGACCAGAACACUCUUGAUGGAACACAGUCUCAGCACUCUCAGCACAGCACCAGCCAGGAUGACAUAAUGAUGGCCGACAUCGAGGAGGGCAAUCAGUGUCCCGCCGCUGUGCAGCUCGCUGACGCACAGGUUGUGUUCAAGCCUCUGCUGAGUCACACAGGGAUCCAGGCUCAGGAUACCACUCCUCUCAGCUACAAGAUGUAUUUUGGAGAGCACCUCUCUUUCUCCGGCACCUUGGAGUGUCUCAGAGCAGACAUUGUGGACUCAGACACGUCCAAGGAGCGGAAGAACAAACGCUCCAAAAGACAGGGCAUGCCUAACCUCCCUCCGCUGGAGUUCAAACCGGCCCUGCUGAUCGAGACCUUCAGUCUAAACUCUGUGUUGAUGGAGAAGUCUACCAGCACUGGCCCCCCCAACUCCACGGCCGUUCCUUUCGCCUUCCACGACCUCAACCGGCGCCACUAUAACACCUUCCACUGCGACUUCACCAUCGCCUGCCAGGCCAUCAGCCAGCGUGUGGACAUGGCCCUGGUGCGCCUCAUCCACCAGUUCAGUACCAUGGUGGACGACAUCAAGGCCACGCAGACAGACAUCAAGCUGAGUCGCUACACCGCCGGCUCCGCCUCCCCCACGCCCACCUUCAAGGCAAGGCCCUACCGACACUUCCGCUCUUCUGACUUCAGCCGCAGCUCACGGGGAAGCAUCAACGGAGCCGGACGGAGUGGGGCUGGUGGCGGGAACACGGCUCAGAGAAGCAAGCGAGGUGGAGGAGGGGGUCAACCACCCAACGCCCCCCCUUCAGGAUUGGACACACUGGGUCGGCGGGAGCCCCGGGGACGCAACACGCUGGGUCGCUCGGAGCGUCGGACCUCCAAGGUGUCGCGGAAGGGCUCUCGGGACGUAGCUGACCACACAGCCAUCCAAAUGGAUGACUCUGACUCCAUCACAGUGUCAGAGCAGAGCGAGCCCUCUGCAGAGUGCUGGCAGAACAUGUACAAGCUGCUCAACUUCUACUCCCUCAUCUCUGACCCCACGGGUAUCCUGGAGAAGAGCUCCCCUGAGAACUGCCUUUCGGACGGUGGCCGCAGUCCCUCGGAGCCCCUGUGCAGGGUGAUCUUUGAGAACGAGCAGGAGGACCCCACCACCCCCACUAACAAGCCCUCAUCUGGGCUAGGUGCUGGGGGCAGACGGCGCAGCCUGGUGAGUUCUGAGCCACAGCACGUCACCCUCAUCGUGUUUGGCAUCGGCAUGGUGAACCGCACCCACCUGGAGGCCGACAUCGGGGGCCUGACCAUGGAGGCAGAGCUGAAGAAGAUCCACGGCAGCUUCACACUCAAGGAAAAGAUGAAGGACAUACUGCACCAGAAGAUGACAGAAACUUGUGCAUCAGCCCACAUAGGAGGAGUUAACAUUGUGCUCCUGGAGGGUAUAACACCAGACAUUCAACUGGAGGAUUUCCCCACAUCUCCUACCAGCACAGCCAAACAAGAGUUUCUAACGGUUGUGAAAUGCAACGUAGCUAAGUCCCAGGCCCUGUACAGCGCUCAGCGGGGCCUGAAGACCAACAACGCAGCUGUGUUCAAGGUGGGCGCCAUCAUGAUCAACAUCCCCCAGCACCCAGCCACACUGCACAGCAUGAUGGUCCGUAGCUCCCAUCAGCUCUCAAAGCAGAUCUCCGACCUCAUCCGCCAGCCGUCCAACGUGUCACCCCCCAACAGGGAAGACACCCCCACCCCUCAGCCCUCUGACAAGGCGUCCAGCAUCAACCAGACCCCCGUGGAGGCCAAUGAGUUCCCCCAGCUGCCAGAGGGUCUUGAGAAGAAGCCCAUCGUCCUCAAGUUCAGCGCUAUGAUGGACGGCAUCACCAUAGGAGCAGCCCUUUUGCCCUCCCUCAAGGCUGAGUACAAGAUGGGCCGCAUGAAGAGUCACGGCAUGACAGGAGCCCAGACAAGGUUCACGUUUGAGCUGCCCAACCACAAGCUGUGUUUCCAGUCCAAGGUGUCCCCGGUGGACACCAUGUCCGCCAUGCCACCCUCAGCCAACCUCAACCUCCCGCCAGUCACCAUGUCUGGAGAAUACAUAAUGGAGGACCACGAGGGCCACUCUGAUUUUACUGACGACUUCCCAAUCCCCAUGAAGCAGGGCAACUACCUCCAGGGGAAUUACCUGCGCUGUGUGGCUGAGAUUGGUUCUUUUGAGCACAACCUCACCACGGACCUCCUGAACCACCUGGUGUUCCUGCAGAAGGUUUUCAUGAAGGAAGUCAACGAGGUCAUCCAGAAAGUAUCAGGAGGAGAGCAGCCCAUCCCUCUGUGGAAUGAGCACGACAUCUCAACAGACGCUGACAAGCCCAAGAUUUUGCUCUACUCACUCAGUCUGAUGUUUAAGGGGAUCCAGAUGACAGCCACCACUCCAUCCAUGAGAGCGGUGCGCUUCGAGACAGGGCUGAUAGAGCUGGAGCUCUCCAACAGGAUCCAAUGUAAAGCCCAGCCCGGCGGCAGCAGCAGUUACCUCAAACUGUUUGGGAAGUGCCAAGUGGACCUGAACCUCGCCCUGGGCCAAAUAGUCAAACAUCAGGUGUACGAGGAGGCGGGUUCAGACUUCCACCAGGUGGCCUACUUCCGCACUCGUAUUGGCUUACGGAACGCCCUUCAGGAGGAGAUCAGUGGCUCCUCAGACAAAGAGGCAGUACUCAUCACUCUCAACCGGCCAAUCGUCUUUGCUCAGCCUGUGGCCUUUGACAGAGCUGUACUCUUCUGGCUGAACUACAAGGCGGCCUACGAUAACUGGAACGAGCAGCGUCUGGCAUUGAACAAAGACAUCCACAUGGCCACCAAGGAGGUGGUGGACAAGCUGCCGGGCAUCCAGCAGACCUCAGCCCAGGCCUUCAGCACCCUGUUCCUACAGCUCACCGUCAACGACCUUGGAAUCUGUUUGCCCAUCACUAACAACUCACUGAAAGGACAUAUACCAGGUUUCGAAGGCAUUCGCUCUGAAGCUGGGGCCAGCAGAUCUGUAGGCCCGCAAAAAUAUGCACGAAAAGCCAACCACAGCAUUGACUUUGACACGGGCUCUGCCCUGGUGCUGACCAUCGAGAGCACGCUGAUCACCGCCUGCUCCUCUGAGUCGCUGGUUAGCAAGGGCCACUUCAAGAACUUCUGCAUCCGCUUCGCCGAGGGCUUUGAGACCUCCUGGGACGACUGGAAGCCUGAGAUCCGAGGAGACAUGAUCAUGAACGCCUGUGUUGUUCCAGAUGGCACAUAUGAAGUGUGCUCCAGAACCACAGGCCAGCUGUCAGCAGAAAGCAGCAGUGCAGGCACCUGGGCGCUGAACGUGCUGUGGAAAAUGUGUGGUAUCGACGUCCACAUGGACCCCAACAUUGGCAAGCGUCUCAACGCCCUAGGCAACACACUGACCUCGCUGACGGGAGAGGAGGAUGUGGAUGACAUCGCUGACCUCAACUCAAUCAACAUGGUCAAUUUGUCCGAUGAGGAUGAGGCCGACACCAUGUCGCCGACCAUCCAUAUGGAGACCAUAGACCUCAGGCGGCAGGCGGCAGUGGGCAACCAGAUCUUAGAUCCAAGAAGAGGGAAGUUAAACAAAAGAAUAGUGGACAUCAGAGAGCUGAACGAGCAGGCCAAAGUCAUUGAUGACCUCAAGAAAUUGGGAGCGAGUGAGGGCACAAUUAACCAGGAGAUCCAGCGCUACCAGCAGCUGGAGUCUGUGGCCGUCAACGACAUCAGGAGAGAUGUCCGCAAGAAACUACGCCGCUCCAGCAUGAGGGCUGCAUCUCUAAAGGACAAGUGGGGUCUGGGAUACAAACCUAGCUAUAACCGUUCCAAGAGCAUCUCUACAGCAGCAGGGAGGCCUCCACUUAAAAGGAUGGAACGCCAAAGUUCCAGAAUAGGAGACGUAGAUGACUUGCCGGACAUCAGAGUAGAUGCAUCCUCCCCUGGACCAAGAGUUACCUUCAACAUCCAGGACACGUUUCCAGAGGAGACAGAAAUGGACCUGUUAUCCAUCACCAUUGAUGAGCCACUCCAUCAUCAUCUUCAUCACCUUCAUCAUUUCCCAUCUGUUAGCGAAGGACCCCACUCAGUGUUCAGUGCCCCUGCAACCCCCGCCGUCUUCUCACCUGGCAUUCCCUUCCAGCACGACGACAUGCGGCGCGACGAGCUCUCCUCCUCUUCCUCAGAGGACUCCGACAAGGAGGAAGAGUUUGACCGCGAGAGGUCAUCCAGCUACUUCAGGAGGACUGUCCAACCACCACACAGAAAACCAUCAGGCUUCGCCGCUGUCAGCCAGAUGUUCAGUGAGCGCUGGCCCAGCACACCCACCAACCGCAGCCUCAUGAGCUCAGUCACUGAGAGGAACAUUGACUUUGAGCUGGACGUGCGUGUGGAGAUUGACAGUGGCAAGUGUGUCCUGCACCCCACCACCCAGCAGCCCGAGCACGAGGAUGUCUCCUUCAGAAGGAGUUGUGACCGCAGCUCCAGGAGUCUGGACCAGGAGUCUCCACCCAAGAAGAAGAAGCUCCAGCCCACUUACACCUCAACCACCCACCUCCUGGCCGGGAAGAAGGUGCCUUCCUCUCUGCAGACCAAAUCCAGUGACCUGGAGACCACUGUCUUUUACAUUCCGGGAGUGGAUGUCAAGUUGCACUACAACUCCAAGACCAUGAAGACUGAGUCGCCCAAUGCCUCGCGAGGAUCCUCCCUCCCCCGCACCCUCUCCAAAGAGUCCAAGCUGUAUGGUAUGAAAGAUAGCGGCCCUCACAACCCUCCCAAUGCUGCCCAAAGCAAGACUAACACGCUCCUUCCUCCCCCACCCCCACCUCUACCAUCAGCCAAAGGCAAGGGUAGUGGUGGGGUGAAGACAGCCAAGCUGUACGCCUGGGUGGCCCUUCAGACCCUCCCAGAGGAGAUGGUCAUCAGCCCUUGUCUUCUGGACUUCCUGGAGAAAGCUUUGGAGACCAUUCCAAUCACCACUGUGGAAAGGAACUACACUGCUGUGAACUCCCAGGAGGAGGACAUAGGCCAGUUUGAGCCAGUGGAUCCCCUGGAGGAGUCCACCACCUCCCUGGUUUCCUCCACCUCUGCCUACUCCUCCUUCCCUGUGGACGUGGUGGUCUACGUGAGAGUACAGCCCUCUCAGAUCCGCUUCAGCUGCUUGCCCAUGUCCAGAGUAGAGUGUAUGCUGAAAUUGCCAUCUCUAGACCUGGUAUUCUCCUCUAAUCGCGGGGAAAUGGAGAUCCCAUCCAGCACCCAACCUACCGACAGCCCACACCCACCCUCCUCCACCCCCCCGAGCCAACACAUCCUCAAACCGCCCCCUAUGAAAGGAGGUCCCUCUCCAUCUCUGGGUAGCCCUCUGGGCCGGACCCGUCACAGCAGCAGCCAGUCAGACCUCACCUCCCCCCCCAGCAACUCCUCAGGGCUCAGCUUCACCGCCUGCAUGUCAGACUUCUCUCUCUACGUGUUCCACCCCUACGGUGCAGGGAAACAGAAGUCUGCCGUCACAGGGCUGCCCCCAGGCCCAGGACCUCUAGGUACAGUGGAUGAGGAGCCGUCCUCUGUGACUGGGAGGAAGGAUUCCCUCAGCAUCAACCUGGAGUUUGUCAAGGUCAGCCUGUCCAGAAUGAGACGCACCGGAGGACCCACCUUCAUUGAGAGCUUUGUACCUGGCAAGGGAGGCAAGAUGGACACCACCCUUAUCAAUAUCUCAGCUGUGUGUGACAUUGGCUCGGCCUCCUUCAAGUAUGACAUGCGGAGGCUAAGUGAGAUCCUGGCCUUCCCCAGAGCCUGGUAUCGGCGCAGCAUCGCCAGACGCCUCUUCCUGGGAGACCAGACCAUCAACAUGCCAACAGCCUCGGGUCCUACCACCCCGGACUCUGUAGAGAACAUGACCCAGCACCUGUCACCAGAAUCCAGCCGUAAAGCCUACUGGAGGACCUGGGAUGGUAGCACUGGGCAGUACAUGCCUCAGUCCCCCAACGUGUUCUCUGACCACUCCACUGGGAGUAACAUGUCCCCCGGGGGCCUGUCCUCCCACCUCAAGUCCCCAGCCCCCGGACGCACCAGGAGCGUCUCUGAUUCCUCCGCCCCCAGAAGAGAUUCUGUGACCAAGACGUCCACGCCGUCGUUCAAUAAAAACGGCAAGGCAGCCGGUCCCCAAGGGACCCCAUGGGAGACACUAGUGGUGUUCGCCAUCAACCUGAAGCAGCUCAACGUCCAGAUGAACAUGAGCAAUGUCAUGGGCAACAACACUUGGACCACCAGUGGGCUGAAGAGUCAGGGUCGUCUGUCAGUGGGUAGUAACCGAGACCGAGAGAUCAGCAUGUCCGUGGGCCUGGGUCGUUCCAAACUGGACUCUAAAGGCGGCGUGGUGGGGGGCAACAUAGAUGUCAACACCCUGGAGAUGGUCUCACACAUCUCGGAGCACCCCAACCAGCAGCCCAGCCAUAAGAUCCAGAUCACCAUGGGCUCCACGGAGGCCCGUGUGGACUACAUGGGCUCCAGCAUCCUCAUGGGCAUCUUCAGCAACGCAGACCUGCAACUCCAGGACGAGUGGAAGGUCAACCUGUGCACUGUUGAGACCAGCCUAUCAGAGAAAAGUGAGAUCUUUGUCCACGGUGACUUGCAGUGGGAUAUCUUCCAAGUGAUCAUCUCGCGCUCCACUACCCCCGACCUCAUUAAGAUCGGGAUGAAGCUGCAGGAGUUUUUCACCCAGCAAUUUGACACCAGCAAACGAGCGUUGUCCACAUGGGGUCCAGUCCCCUACCUGCCCCCGAAGGCGCCGGUCAUCAACAUCGAGAAAGAAGCUGCAGAGCUAUACAUGGAUGCAGCCCACCAUCGUCACUGGCCUGGGGUCCUGAAGGUGAUCGCUGGAUGCCACAUCUCCCUCUUCCAGAUGCCUCUCCCAGAGGACGCCGUGCAACUGGGUGGCUCCAUGAGUCUCCAUGGCAACCACAUGACCCUGGCCUGCUUCCAUGGGCCCAACUUCCGCUCCAAGUCCUGGGCCUUAUUCCACCUGGAGGAGCCCAACAUAGCCUUUUGGACCGAGGCUCAGAAGAUAUUGGAGGAUGGCUCCACUGAUGACUCCACUUAUAUCGUGCAGACAUUGGAUUUUCAUCUGGGUCACAACACCAUGGUAACCAAACCCUGUGGAGCACUAGAGAGCCCCAUGGCCACCAUCACCAAAAUCACCCGUCGCCGGCACGAAAACCCCCCUCACGGUGUAGCCACAGUCAAAGAAUGGUUCAAUUAUGUGACUGCCAUGAGGAAUGAGGAGCUAUACCUCUUGCGUAACGUGGACGCCAACAACACAGAGAGUGGGGCAGCCUCCAAGAGUUCUAGCCUGCUAAGCAGCUUCCGAGGCUCAUCCAGCUAUAACCAUGAGACAGAGACCAUCUUUGCCCUACCCAGGAUGCAGCUGGACUUCAAGUCCAUCCAUGUUCAGGAUCCAGACGAACCCUCCUUGACUGACUCCAACAGUAAGCCUAAGGUGGAGUGCAGCGUGGUGACUGAGUUCACAGACCACAUAUGUGUCACCAUGGACGCCGAGCUCAUCAUGUUUCUGCACGACCUGGUCUCUGCCUAUUUAAAGGAAAAAGAGAAGGCCCUUUUCAACCCCCGGAUCUUUGCCACUCGGCCUGGCCAGAAGAGCCCGACAGCCCUGCAUGAUGAGAACUCCACAGACAAGGAGGAAGGCAUCAACUACACCACAGUGGACUGGAGAGAAUUCAUGUGCAACACCUGGCACCUGGAGCCCACACUCCGGCUCAUCUCCUGGACAGGACGGAAGAUCGAUCCUGUCGGCGUGGACUACAUUCUGCAGAAGCUAGGCUUCCACCACGCAAGGACUACAAUUCCCAAAUGGCUCCAGAGGGGGGUGAUGGACCCCCUGGACAAGGUCCUCUCUGUCCUCAUCAAGAAACUUGGCACGGCCCUGCAGGACGAGAAGGAGAAGAAGGAGAAGAAGGAGAAGAUGGGACGAGACAAAGACGAGCACUAACUCAUACAGCCAUAUGUUUUAACACAACACUUUAAAAGCUGGACAGUAAAUCCUCAAUGAACAAAACACUGGAUAACUGGAAACACUGGAUAUUUCCUUGACUACUGUGCAUUUGUCAUAGGUGCAUUUUACCGCUAAGCCGUGUGCAUUUAAGCAUAGAUGUUUACAGUGGUGCAUGCCACUAUGGGUUUUGACUGAAAGUUUUGCACUGUUUUUAUGUAUAUUUUGAACAAAGUAGUAAGUGAAGUCUUAUUUGGCUGCUUGAAAUGAUAACCCUGAAAACCCCCAACAUGGAUUAUAUGUUAUACAUGCUUUAUAUGGUGUUAUCAGAACAAAUUGAAGACAUCGUUUAUUAUCCUUCUUUGGAGGUUCAUUAACUUUUUCUGUGGGGGGCACUUCUAAAUCAUUGCCUGUGCUUUGUUUACAAUGGAACAAACGCAUGGUAAGGUUGGAAAGAGCAAUAUCAUCAGUUUUUCUCAAUUCAUCCCAAUGACAACGUUUUUUGAAGAUGGUUCCUGUUAACAAAAAAGCAUUGGAUCGUUCAGAUCCACUUAGGUCAAUCUAAAAUGUGAUAAGAUGUAUUGUAACGAUAAACAAUGGUUAAGUUUUUUAAUUUAUCUUAAUUUAAUGGGUAUCUGAAAUGUAUAGUCUAUAACCCAUGUGUGCUGGGUGUGUCAAGCCUGUUUUUUUAAUAUGUGCAAUAGACCAGUGUAUAUAAAAUAACUGUGAAUUUCUUAAAUGUGUUGAUUUCUUAACAUAAUAAAAUCAUUGCCAUCCUAUUUUA